AUGAGCGGAAAUUCCUCUUCGACUAGUGCUGUGAAGCCUGGAAGUGACCGCGCUCGCGUGGCCUGCAAAGCGUGCAGGUCCAGACGGGUCAAAUGUGACGCAGGGGACGCUCAUCCCUGCUGGCAAUGCCGGACACGCCAAAUCCCCUGCGAACUUGUAGAAUCCAGGAGGGGCAAAAGCUCACAGCGCGCUAGAUAUAUUCGUAAAAAGCGCACCUUACAACGAAAGGAACAAGAACCCCAGGCUCAAUCUUUACAAGUUCAGUCCGGGAGAAAUGAACAGGACUCAGCCGAACAAGAAACGGAAGCCCCGACCGAAGUUUUCAUCGAAGACAGCAGCUUCACUAGCAGCCCCGUCAAGUCCGAUGGAAUUAGUACCGAUGGCCAACUCCAACCAAGUCAAACACAAAGAAAUCAAAGGCAACAUCCUUGUUCGGUAGAUUUGAGUCUAUCUUACAUCGUCGAGGUUGUUCACAGACCAAAAGAUGGCUCAACCGAGCCCGUCAAAGUCCACUAUCCUAUCCCGGCUUGCAUCGCAGACCAGUCUGCCUACAAUCAUGUACCCAAGGUCAUAGAGACGAUUUCUCUUCAGGAGGCCCUCACAAUGCCGGCUCCACACAUCGCGGAUCAGCUCAUCCGUCCUUUCUUCGAUAUCAUGCAUGUAGCGUACCCCGUGUUCGACCGAGAGAACUUCUCACGACAGUACCGUCAAGGCCAGGCAUCGCCUCUAGUCUUGCAGGCCAUGUUCCUGCUCGGUUUCACGGUAUGCGAUGACAGUCUCAUCGAGGAAGCUGGUUUCACUGAUCGAGCUACUGCGAGGCGAACGCACUAUCUUCGCGCCAAAGCUCUUUACGAUGCGGAGUACGAGAGUGAUCACAUGAAUCUUGUGGCCGUUAUGCUGCUUCUAGGUUUUUGGUGGGCUGGCCCAGAAGACCAAAAGGAUAAUUGUUACUGGUGCUUUUCUCCCGAUCAACACUGGAUGCUCACGUUAUUCAGGAUGUCACACUCGGCCCUUAGCCCACGAAUGCGAUCGCUGAGAAAGAGGAUAUGGUGGGCCAUCUAUACCCGCGAUAGACACACCUCUGCAGCAUUCGGUCGACCAUGUCGAAUUCGUGACGAGGACUGUGAUAUAGAGCCUCUGACCGAGGACGACUUUGAGUUCGAUAAGAACGGCGAUGAAAGACUGAUACCCGCUCAGCACAAGUACCACGUAGCAUAUGUCAUGGAGAUGGCGAAACUAACUACGAUAUUGGGGGAUAUAAUCGUUGCAGAGUUCAGCCCACGUCGUGCUAUGAUCAAGAAGUACGAAGCAAAAUCGCUAAAGAAAGAGCUCCGCCGUUGGAAUUCAAGUCUGCCGGUGCACCUUAGUCCGGCGCCGCUCGAUGGCUCGCUCGGCGCUUCAUUUUGGGCCAGCAUGGUUCAGUUCACCUACCAAUACUGCCACAUCCUCCUGUUCAGACCAAAGGCUAUCGAUAACCUUACGCCGGCAGAGUCAGAAAGAGACAAGCAGGCUCGCAUGGCGGCGGACGCCAUCACUCGCAACGCAGAAGACCUACUUGCUGCCGAGACUAUUAGAUCUGCACAGAUUCAUCUUGUUCCGACAUUGUUUGGCGCUCUUUCCAUCCAUACAAUCGUUAUCUGCCGCAAAGACCCAAUCCGCCGGCAACUGGCCGAAAACAAAUCACGGCAAUGCUUGCUGGCUUUGAGUCAACUAUCAAAGUCCUGGCCUGUCAGGUUAUGGAUCUCAAAGUCUUUUGUCAGUCUGAUGAGGAGACUCACUGGCCAAGGGUCUAUCGUCAACGUGACAUCUAGCAUUGUGAGUACUCUCAAUUUCUCCUCGUCACUACCCAAUCCAGCUGUGUUAGAUUCGUUCCGUGGCAGUGACGGAGGCAUGGAUUCUGCAGGCCUCAAUCCAUCUCAGCCCGAGGCACCAUCGGGAAUUGAGAGUUUUCAUCAGGCAACUGAUCAGAUGUUUUAUGACACUUUCUGGGCGGACUACCUGGAUAACACGUUUGAUGUUGAUCUUCUCAUACACUCUCAUUCGGGCUUUCCUAGCAAUCCUUCCGGGCAGCAAUGA